GAGCGCUCCUACACCUUUCAACCAUCACCAUGAGGGAAGUUCUUUCGCUCCACGUCGGCCAGGCAGGCAUACAGAUCGGAAAUGCUUGUUGGGAAUUAUAUCUUGCUGAGCAUGGUCUCACUCCCGACGGACGUAUCACAGAGGGCAGCCCCUCGGAGAAUGACGACGGUUUCUCUACGUUCUUCAGCGAGACGGGCUCGGGCAAGUACGUUCCUCGGUCGAUCUACGUGGACCUGGAGCCGAAUGUUGUCGACGAGGUGCGCACGGGCACCUACCGCUCGCUGUUCCACCCCGAGACGCUCGUCACGGGCAAGGAGGACGCGGCGAACAACUACGCUCGUGGCCACUACACGGUUGGCAAGGAGCUCAUUGACCAGACGCUGGACCGUGUGCGCAAGCUGGCGGACGCCUGCUCUGGUCUGCAGGGCUUCUUCGUCUUCCACUCGUUCGGCGGUGGCACGGGCUCCGGUUUCGGCUCGCUCCUCCUCGAGCGCCUGGCGCAGGACUACGGCAAGAAGGCCAAGCUCGAGUUCUCGGUAUACCCGGCCCCUAUGAUGAGCUCGUCGGUUGUCGAGCCGUACAACUCGGUCCUGACGACGCACACGACGCUGGAAAACUCGGACUGCUCGUUCAUGGUUGACAACGAGGCCAUCUACGACAUCUGCAAGCGCAACCUGGGCAUCCAGAGCCCUGGCUACUCGAACCUGAACCGGCUCAUCGCUCAGGUCGUCUCGUCGAUCACGGCCUCGCUCCGUUUCGACGGUUCGCUCAACGUGGACCUCAACGAGUUCCAGACGAACCUGGUGCCGUUCCCUCGUAUCCACUUCCCCCUGGCCACGUACGCGCCCAUCAUCAGCGCCGAAAAGGCCUUCCACGAGCAGAACUCCGUGGCCGAGAUGACGUUCAGCUCGUUCGAAAAGGGCAACCAGAUGGUCAAGUGCGACCCCCGCGACGGCAAGUUCAUGGCCUGCUGCCUCCUCUACCGUGGUGACGUCGUUCCCCGUGACACCAACGCGGCUGUGGCGGCCAUCAAGACGAAGCGCACCAUCCAGUUCGUCGACUGGUGCCCCACUGGCUUCAAGAUCGGCAUCUGCAACGAGCCUCCCUCGCUCGUGCCCGGUGGCGACCUGGCCAAGGUCAGCCGCAGCCUGUGCAUGCUCGCCAACACCACGGCCAUUGCUGCUGCCUGGAGCCGUCUGGACCGCAAGUUCGACCUCCUCUACUCGAAGCGCGCCUUCGUCCACUGGUACGUUGGUGAGGGCAUGGAGGAGGGCGAGUUCGGCGAGGCCCGUGAGGACCUGGCUGCUCUCGAGAAGGACUACGAAGAGGUUGGCCUCGACACCGCCGGCGAGGGCGACGAGGUCAUCGAGGACGAGUACUAGAUCUUGGCUCGAUCUUUUAUAUGUUCAGUUUCUGUCCUCCCCCUCUUCUCUCCCCCCAGAUAUAGUCUCCAUUCUCCCCUAAAGGUGUCUUCUAUUGCCUAGUGAAUUGUCAAACGUCACCUUCUCUUCCCCUGGCCUGAGAUUUCGUUCAGUUACCCGUGCUUUUCCAGCUUGAUGACUUCAGAUCGAAAAGGUGUAUCAAUGAAAAAGCGCAAGAGAGUGAAA